AUGUGUUUGGGGUCGCAUACAUGGAAGAACACUCUGGACCGUUACCCGGAGACGCUGCUGGGCUCUUCAGAAAAAGAGUUUUUCUACAACGAGGACACUCAGGAAUUCUUCUUCGACCGAGACCCCGAAAUGUUCCGGCACAUUCUGAACUUUUACCGCACGGGGAAGCUGCACUACCCGAGGAACGAGUGCAUCCAGGCCUUCGACGAGGAGCUGGCCUUCUACGGUAUCGUGCCCGAGAUCAUCGGGGACUGCUGCAUGGAGGAAUACCGGGACAGGAAAAAGGAGAACCAGGAGCGCCUGGCGGAGGACACGGAGGCCAACGAGGGGGUUGACGCCCCGCUGCCCCCCAACAGCACCUCCAGGGAGCGGCUGUGGCGAGCCUUCGAGAACCCGCACACCUCCACCAUGGCUCUCGUCUUCUACUACGUCACCGGCUUCUUCAUCGCCGUGUCGGUCAUCGCCAACGUGGUGGAGACGGUGCCGUGCCGGCCGCCCUUAGGCAGCGUGAAAGAUCUGCCGUGCGGCGAGAAGUUCAAGGUCCCCUUCUUCUGCAUGGACACGGCCUGCGUGCUCAUAUUCACCUUCGAGUAUCUGAUGCGCCUUUUCGCCGCGCCCAGUCGCUGCGAUUUCAUGCGCUCCGUGAUGUCCGUGAUCGACGUGGUGGCCAUCAUGCCGUACUACAUCGGCCUGGUGAUGCCGGAGAACGAGGACGUGAGCGGCGCCUUCGUCACGCUCCGGGUUUUCCGCGUCUUCCGCAUCUUCAAGUUCUCGCGCCACUCGGCGGGCCUGAGGAUUUUGGGCUACACGCUGAAGAGCUGCGCCUCAGAGUUAGGCUUCCUGCUGUUCUCUCUCACCAUGGCCAUCAUCAUCUUCGCCACCGUCAUGUUCUACGCCGAGAAGGGCACCAAGGGCUCCACCUUCACCUCCAUCCCCGCCUCCUUCUGGUACACCAUCGUCACCAUGACAACGCUCGGGUGAG